GGAGGGGCCGGGACGCCGGCGCGUCGCUGCCGACGGUCUCCAGGCGGGAGCGAGGAAGAGGAGGAGGCGGAGGAGAGCUCCUCUGGCCCGUUGCACAGCCUGUGGGAAGAGGCAAGCUGGUGGCCUUCCCCUGCUCCAGCUGUAACCUUUUUGAAAGGACGUCACUUAACACAGCGCACAGCAGGCGAAUCAGGUACGCUCUGUGGGAGUCCGACAGAAAGCACUUCAGAAGCGGGAAGUUCACGAAUGUGUUCUGCUGAAGAAACAACCUAAUCCAGACUGCUCCGAAGCCCUUGAAAGAUGAGUGUUCUUCUCAUUGAAGCCUUUUAUGGUGGUUCUCACAAACAGCUGAUGGAUCUUCUCCAGGAAGAGCUACAAGAUGACUGUGUCCUCUGUACACUCCCUGCUAAGAAGUGGCAUUGGAAAGCACGGACUGCUGCUCUUUAUUUCAUGCAAACAGUGCCUACAAGUACUAACUACAGGAUCCUCUUUGCAAGCUCGGUGCUUAACCUGGCUGAACUCGUUGCCCUCCGCCCUGACCUUGGCAAAUUGAAAAAGGUCCUCUACUUCCAUGAGAACCAAUUGAUAUAUCCUGUCCAGAAAUGCCAGGAACGGGAUUUUCAGUAUGGAUACAACCAGAUUCUUUCAUGUUUGGUGGCUGAUAUGGUGGUGUUCAACUCUGCUUUUAAUAUGGAAUCGUUUCUUACAUCAAUCGGAAAAUUUAUGAAGCUGAUUCCUGACCACAGACCUAAGGAUUUGGAAAAAAUAAUCAGACCGAAGUGCCAAGUUCUUUAUUUUCCAGUCAGGUUUCCUGAUGUGAGCAGGUUCAUGCCACAACAUAAGCUUGCCCGUUUGGAAAAGAUAAUUGGUGUUAAAAGAAAUGGAGAUGCUUAUCCGUUGGAGGAUCUGCCCGGCCAAGAGAAGAGCAGAACUUUGGGAGGUUUAAUGAGAAACAGCAAAGCGCAUCGUGAAUCUGGCCUUUGUGAAGCCCAGCCUGGACUUCAUACCACACAGCGUGAGGAUCUGCCUUCCCCAUUAAGAGCACUGGCAAGAUUGAAUAAGUCUGAUGCAUCAGAAAGUACAAAUCCUUGUCAAGAAGAAGAAGAAGAUAAGCAACAUUUGACUUUUAACAUCAGUAAUAUCUUGAGCGGAGAGGACUAUCAGCAAAGACCUUUACACAUUGCCUGGCCUCACAGGUGGGAACAUGACAAAGAUCCUGAAACUUUCUUUAAAGUCCUGCUGAAACUGAAAGAGAAAGAUCUACCUUUUCAUGUGUCCGUCCUCGGAGAGGCUUUCACAGAAAUUCCAGAUAUAUUUUCAGAGGCCAAAAAAGCGUUGGGAUCUUCUGUCUUGCACUGGGGGUACUUACCCAGCAAAGAUGACUAUUUCCAAGCUCUGUGCAUGGCCGAUGUUGUCAUCUCGACAGCUAAACACGAAUUCUUUGGCGUAGCAAUGAUCGAAGCUGUAUAUUGUGGCUGUUAUCCGCUGUGUCCCAAAGCCUUGGUGUACCCAGAGAUAUUUCCAGCUGAAUAUCUGUAUUCUACACCUGAACAGCUUUUUAAAAGGCUUCAGAAUUUCUGCAAGAGACCAGAUAUUGUAAGGAAACAUCUCUAUAAGGGCGAGACGGCUGGGUUUUCUUGGGCAGCGCUCGGCGGUAAAUUCAGGUCUCUGCUCGCAGCAGAACCGAGAGAAGAUUUGUGACAGAUGGGGCUAAGUCACAAACUUGCAGCCUCAGGCAGAAUUGUGGAAGUUUCCAGAGUGUGCCCAUAUUUACCUGAUCAGAGAGAAAAGAAAAUCUGCAGAGGAAGCCGAGCCUGGCUGCUUGUCAUAGCUGACACAGAGCCAUCUGCCACAAACCUGUGGCGGCUUCAGAUCUCCAAUCCCUGCCACCACCCCAGCUCAAAUUAAAUACAGAUUCUUAGAGACGUUAUGAUGGUUACACAUGUCCUCGGCAUCACAUGCAGGAGACUGUUCAAAAAAAAUAUGUGGCCUGUUGUAUAACCGCACUCAUGUAUCCCAUAUGUGGUGCCACAUUGAAUUUCCGGUUGAAUCUGUUUUUAUCCUUUGUACUGGAUGACAUGGUGCCUGAAUUCUUUCUUUUCGCCGACACGAUGGCAGCCAAGCUGCAGCUUCAAACGCUCACACUUGGCUGAGUUUCUACCUAGGUUGCCAGGUUAUCAUUGGAGCCUUAUUGUGUCCUCAAAGGGCCACAGGGCCUGAAAGGAGGAUCCGAACGCUGCCGGACUAAUUGGGCAGCCAUCUCUGGGUUGUUUGGAGGCAAAGGGCUGCUUUAGCACUUUGCUUUUUUUCUUUUUUUUUUUUUCUUCCUCCUUUUUUUGCAAAUUAAUGACUCUCUGGCACAGGGGUUUUUAAGUGAAGGUAUUAAUAAGGGGUCUGGCAGGUAAUCCCAUGAUUCGCAGAGUUACAUUUGCAUUUAAUUAAUCUUAAAGAAAGCUGAAAGAUAAACAGCUGUAAUUCAAACUAGCAUGGGAAAUAUGCUACAUGGUGCCAUCUAUCCGAUAAAAUGAAAGCCGAGACACUUGUUUUAUUUCUCUCAAGGAUGGAGAACAAACAGAUAACGGUCAAAAUACUUCCAAUAAAAACCAGUAGUUUAAAUGUAACGGCAGUUCAUCAAGAAUCUUUGCAUCCAGUUACAGACACAGUCUUUUAAAGAUAAAUCACUUAUGAUUCCAGCAGUCAAGCUGCUAUAUUUGUUGAUGUAAAAUGUUUUGAAGAUGUAGAUUGUACAAUAAAUUUUUAAUAAAGUGCCCACUGCAAUUUUUAAUUAGCAUAUCUCAUUCAUGUAUAAGUGUGUACAUCUAUCUGUAUGUUUAUCACUAUGCAUAUCCUUGUGUCAGAGUCAAUGAAUGCAAUUGUGUCUUUAUCUGAUGAAGUAGAAUCUGUUUUGCAAGUGAUAAUAAAACGUUAUGACAAUUCCAAGAUUUUCAAAUCCGCUCUGGGAAGAAGGAAGAAGAGGACUCUCAGCAUUCUGACGUGAAGCCCAGUAAGACCUCUCUGCGGACAGGUAUGCGUUUAGAGUAGCUUCUCUCCCUGUCCUUGCCGGCUGUCACCCGGCACCAGACAUCAGCAUCUUCCCUUUGCCCAUCCACCAUCUACAGCAGGUGAACGGCACGGGCUGGUCCCCCUCCACACGUGUGGCUUUGUGCUUUCUGACACCAUCUGGAUGCUGAACUGUCCUUUUUCAGUGCGAGCGAGACCAUGUGGUACCUCUCUUUAAAGUUACUCCAUUGAGCGAUCAAAAAACCCAAGGGAGAUCCAACAGUAAGUGUUUAGAUAUUUUCCUAGCGCUGCAGAGAUAUAAUUUUGUGGUAAUCAUCUGUCUUCUGUGCUGGUUCCUCCUCAUUGCUGCUUGAUGAAAGGCCAGCUUGGGUCUAGGCAUUUAGGGUGGUUGAGUAGAAGUUGUCUUCUCAAGACAGUGCAUAGAUGCAGUAAUCAUAGUUGGAGGGUUAAGUAACAGGACUACUUUGCACUUCUUACCAGAGUGUAUCCUAAAUGCUCACUGAUGUUAUCACACCCUGCACUGACGAGAGAGUUUUUUGGGUUUGAUGAUGAGGAAACUGAGGCAUGACACAAUUAAAGCGAAUUGGUUCGAGUUUCACAGUGAGUUAUUCUCCAAACCAAUAAAAGGGAAAGAGGAGAUGCUGUGACAUUUUUCUAGGGCUUGAGGUGAACAGACUCAAUACACCGAAGCUCUGUGGUUUCAGUUGAAGGCUCCAACUGUCCUCUGUGCACACCAUGAUCAGACCCAUGACUGAAGGUCUCGCCCAUCUCCUUGGCGAGGUGGUGUUCUGCCUUGGAUUAUUCACUGAUCAGCUAUACUUUAUACGUACCCAGCUCAGUUUGGUAAAUGAGGCUUCAUCUUGAUGGAAAAAUUUCCCUCAGAGUUACAAAAAUAACAUUUUAUAAUAGAAACACUGUGAGAACUUUAAUUGCAGGGUAAUAAAUAGCAAUGCUGCAUUAUCUUCUGAUAUUUCUUUACAUUCUUAGCAAAGAUACACAGCUGCUCGAGAGCAAGGAUGAAAAUAUCCUUACCGCGUCUCCUAGGACCUUCAGGUUGGCCUCACGUUGGGGGCCACCCUGGCCUUCUUCGAGGUCCUCUGUCAAGAGGGUGACGUAGGACUUCCAGGUAGUUGGAGGCAAUAUUCCCCGAGGCCUGAGGCAGCCUUUCCCCACCUCUGCUCUAGACUGAAAGAACCUGAGGAGUUUUGCCUUGCAGAGUUUCUGAAGAGCAGACGAGACAGCCGCUCUGUGCUGCUUCAUUUAAAGCCUUCACUUCUAAAGGUCAGAGAGACAAAUUGGGAUCUCGGUCCCGUCGUUCCUACACACAUGAGUAAGCGGUGAAUGCAGAGGCCUAAUCUUAUGAGUAAAAUUACAGACUUAGCCCUUGACUUACUUUCAUAUUUAUUGAUGUUUCACCUGCAUUGACGCAGCAGCUGCAAGAGUUUUGAUACGAGUUUUGGUGCAGAUUUAAAGCCGAACGGGUGCUACCAACUCCUGCCAGUCUCACCAGGCAGCCCUCUCCUUGCCUCCUGCAUCACUAACAGCCCAGGCACCUAAUCCUACAAUCCUUUUGCCUUAGUAUUCGAGAUCACAGGAAACGCAGGUUUAUUCCACAUGAGAAUUGUCUUUUCCCCAUAUAAUAGAGAAGAGAAGAGAAGAG